AUGUAUGUGGACGCCAUGAAUUCUGAGGGGCGACGAUUCCUCGAGAAGAGGCUGGAGGAGGGAGAUCAUAAAUUCAUUGGAGCUAUCAUUGAUGCUGCGUUGAAGCAUAACAUCCACGACUUAAUGGUUUGCACCGAAGUACAAAUGUCUGAGUUGCUUGUUAAUGUGCUAAGUUCCGACUCCAAACUUGUAUACGUCUGCUCACAUUCAUUGGGAGCACAAGUUGUACAAACAUUGUUAUCUAAUCUGAAGAGCUGGAAGCAAGUAUUGACGGUGACAUUUGUUUUUAGCCAGAUUAUUGUUAAUUUCAAAAAAAAUCCUUAUGGUCAUGCUGUUAUUAUGCACUUUUUGGAGCACUUUCACUUCCAAGAAUAUAAGCUAUUCAUUGAGGCUUUGGGGAAGAAUUCAGUUGACAUUUGUACCAAUAAAUAUGGAUGA